AAACUCUUUGAAUGAGAAGGUGUGUCCAAACUUUUGGUCUGUACUGUAUAUCCCAUAAGACUUUCAGCUGCAGCAACAGGUGCUUUUAUAAACAUAUUGGUUCGGGGGCGAGGGAGUGGGCUAAAUUAAAACAUUACAAAAACAUGUAUCAUCAGGUCUACCCCAUAAAACCCUAUGUCUGAGGUUAGAAUAUGUCAAAACGUGAAAAAGUGGUGUGAAUGCUUAUCGCACACUUUCAUGUUUUACCAUCAGAAAUGAAUGCUUUUCGCCGGAUAAAUUCUGCAGCACCCCCUUUCUCCCACCUGCCCGUCUCUAAAUCGGACAUUUUGCUCCGCGCCUACAUAACGCAGCCUUUCCUGCAAAUUAGCCAAUAGUGGAGGUCUGCGUAUGCUUUCCUGCGUGUGGUGGGGACCAGCCAGCAGCGCAGCGCAGAUCCCAUUCAAACAGGUGUGAGGAGCAGAGUAGGUUCCAGGUGGCUCAUGGUGGUCUGAUACGUGGCUGCAGCCCGGAGCCCACAGGAGCAACGGUGUGAGUGGCGUUGGUGCCUUUCUGAGGGCUGAGCAAGCCACAUCCGAAAAUAGUGUUGGCAGUUAGAAAGUAGGUCGAAAGGAACUGAGAACGACGGUUGUUUCCGCGCUUUUGUCUCUGUUCUUUGUUGUUUAGCGAGGACUGUGGUCUUAUUUUCCUUUACAGCCCACCCUUGUGUGUGUGGAGCCUUUUUACGCACAGGUGGGAGAUACCCGCUCGGCGUGUAGGACAGCCCCCCUUCUCUCCAUGCUCCUCAGCGGAUGAUAUGAGGAAGUGACAUUUUUCACCGCUGCGGUUCGGGACAGCUCAGCUCCUCUGCAAACAGGUGUUCCGCUCUCCGGGUCACUUUUCACCAGGAAGCCAACAGGAGGGGAGGCGAAGCGUCCCAGAACCUGAAGGGAGGCUCCUGGACUCGGGACAGGCGGGGAAGGAAGAGGAAUAAAAGGCAGCAGAAGUCAGCUCUUUAUUAGCCCGGGCUGCCUGAACGGGCUCAGACAGAGAGAGGAGAGAGAGAGAGGAGAGAGGGGAGCGAUGGCAACGAAAAAGGCGUGCGUGGAUGCACCCAAGAAGAGCCGGAGUCCGGUCGUGCUGGAGGCUGAGAUGUUCCGAGAAUUUCAGGACUGGUGUCUCCGAACUUACGGGGACUCCGGCAAGACAAAGACCGUCACCCGGCGAAAAUACAACAAAAUCAUGCAGACACUGUUGCAGAACGACGAGCCGGACGGGGUGUACGUGGACAACAGCCACAUCAACGCCAAAUUCAAAUUUUGGGUGAAGUCCAAGGGCUUUCAGGUCGGGACCAACGUUCUGGGAGAGCACAACAAGAAGGGAGCGCCAGGGAAGCCCGUCCUAUACGUCCCGGUCAAGUCAACGUGUUCAGAUGGGAAUUCGGCCCAGGACAACUCCUCCCUGAAGCGCGUUGCCGUUGUCGAGGACUUCUUUGAUAUCAUCUAUGCCAUGCACGUGGAGAUGGGUGCCGACCCAGGCCGAGCACCCAAACAUGCGGGGCAGAAAAAAACCUACAAAGCGAUAGCGGAGACCUAUGCCUUCCUGCCCAGAGAGGCGGUGACUCGGUUCCUAAUGAGCUGCGGAGAGUGUCAGAAGAGGAUGCACAUUAACCCCAGCACCGCAGAGUUCAAAGAAAAUGACCGACCCACCUCCCUGGUCCCCGACCUCAUUGACUACAACAUGCCUCUAACUGCCACCUACCUGAAGCAGAUGAAACUGCAGUGCAUGACAGCCACCGAGAGGGAUGACAGUUCGGUGAGCAGCGAGGACAUGAACAACGCUGAGCCCACUUGGGUCGCAGCAGAGCAGCCAGCAGUGCCUGAACCGAGUUCACCCAAUGGAGAGCGGGUCAGCAACCCGGCCGCCAUUGUGAAAGAGGAGGAUGAUGAUGACUCCUCAGAGAGCAGCAGCGCCAAUGGGCUGCCAGCCCUGACCUCCCCAGAGGUGCUGGCUGUGGGUGUGAACCCCCCAGAUGGUGGGGGUUCCUAUGGGGAGGUGGCAGAGAAUGGGCUGAGCGCUCCUCUGGACUUCAGCACCACCUCGUCCUCAUCUUCCUCGGAGGAUCAGCAGCCAGUGAAUCUGAGCGACAGACUGCUUCCAGCCGGGAGCUCGCCUCCAAACAGCUUCACCGUGGACCCCAACAAGAAGUACCCCAUAAAAAUGGAGUUCUCCAACAAGUCGCCUCCUUACAGCUCAGGGAGCUAUGACUUGGUGAAAACAGAACUGAGCAUGAGCGUUGAGGACCUGACCUCCGGUCGGGCACAGAUAAUUGACGAUGACGACGACGAUCAUGAUGACCACGAUGACAAUGAUAAGAUCAAUGAUGCUGAGGGGAUGGACCCUGAGAGACUCAAAGCCUUCAAUAUGUUUGUGCGUCUGUUUGUGGAUGAGAAUCUGGACCGCAUGGUGCCCAUCUCCAAGCAGCCCAAGGAGAAAAUCCAGGCCAUCAUCGAGUCCUGUAGCCGCCAGUUCCCGGAGUUCCAGGAGCGCUCCCGCAAGCGCAUCCGCACCUACCUCAAAUCCUGCCGCCGCAUGAAAAAAGGUGGUUUCGAGAUCCGGCCAACGCCCCCUCACCUCACCUCUGCCAUGGCUGAGAACAUCCUUGCUGCCGCCUGCGAGAGUGAAACCCGAAAUGCUGCCAAGAGGAUGCGGCUCGAUGUCUACCAACCGACGGAUGAGCCUGCCUCUGUUGACAAACCCACCACAAGGGAUCCAGCUCCUGUGGCGCCAUCAGGGUUCACUAUUGCCAGCGCAGCUUUUGCCCAAGACCAACUUUACACCAACGGAGGCCUCAACUACAACCUGCGGGGAUAUGGGACUGUUGCCAGUACCCAGCAGAGCUCUGGUGCUGCACAAACCAACGGUCCCACAGAUCUGAGCAUGAAGUCCGUCGGCCCAAACUCCUCCUCCUCCACCUCCAACAGUCACGGUCAGGGAGGCGGUGGUGGCGGGGCCUCCGCUCAGCUCAGCCCUCCGGAGGUGACGGCGGUGAAGCAGCUCAUCGCCGGGUACCGGGAGUCUGCGGCCUUCCUGCUCCGCUCUGCGGACGAGCUGGAAAACUUGAUCCUGCAGCAGAACUGAGUCCAAACCAAACCGUGCCAAUGCCCUUUCCCCCCUUCAGCCUGUCCUUCUCUGUCGCUGCGUGUCUCACACAUUCUGGCAGACUUUCACACACAAAGACACGAUCCUACACGAGUGAUACUGCAGUGCAUAGUGGGUCAUGUAGGUAUGGUACCUUCACUUGUUCCCACAAGGUUAUGUUAUGUCGGACAGGUCGAAACAUAUCACGGGCUGAAACAUGAUGAUUUAUGCAUUUGGUUGACCUUAGUGCCCUGCUUUGUGUAGCCAUUCAUCUCAUCAACUUCAUCACACCAGUGGAACCUCCAUUUGUCUCAGGAAGCGAUGAUCAGUCACAAAAAAGCAAAACAAUGACGUGUAUUGAUACACAAGCCAAGGUGUUGGAUUAGUUUAACCCCAAUAACAAAUUAUUGAAUAAACACCAUUAUUUCUUUCUGGUAUUAACCCAAUAUAGAAUAUGUGUGCAGUGGCGUGGUGUACUUGGGUUGUCUGAAUCGAGUCAUUUCUACAUCCAUGAAGGAAUUGCUGCUAUAAGAAGUGGCACCCUGUUAACCUCAACAGCUGCUGAUUUACAUGUAUUCCAAAAAAAUGUUAAAGAAAGAAGAAAAUAACAAAGACAGGGACAAAAAAUCAGACACAUUUGCAAGAAUGUCUUUAGCUAGGUGGACUUUAUUUUCAGUGAAUUGUUGCGUAACACUCUAUGGCAGGCAGUUGUCAAUAAUUAAAAGGAGGAGAAAUUUUAGGAAAUGUGGGUAUACAAAAUGAUGACAGAAAUAGAUCCUAAUGAAUUAGAAUGCAAUUGAAAUGUUAAUUUAUUUCAGUACUUCAAUUCAAAGUGAAACUCAUGUUAAUUAAUACAAAAAGAGUGCUACAUUUUGUUCUGUUAAUUUUGACUUAAAGCUAUAAAAAACAUAGUGCGCUCAAAGCUGUAGUAAUCUAUGCUUCUUAUGCUCCUUCUAAAAGACUUUCCCAUUCCUCUCAACUCUCCUUUAAUGUGCUUGGAGACAGUACUCUGUCGAACAUAUAAUCAGCAGAAUUUCUGUUAGCUGUAACAAUACACCAGACCAGUUAAAACAGGGUUUGAUGCAAAUAAAUUAUGUUAUGGCCACAACAUCACUAACAAAGACAGCUGCUUUCCACAAAAAUAUGCCACUGCUAAAGAAGCCGGCAGUUCACAGAGUGAUGUCUAUUAAUGGAAAGUUUGGUGGAAUGAAAAAGUACAAGUGCAACCUUGAGACGAGAAUAUUGGAUUUUCUGCAGCUGUAAACCAUAAUCAUCAAACUUCAGUAAGAUAAAUGCUUAAAAUAUGUAUCUGUGUGUAAUAAAUUUCUGUGAGUUUCACAUUUAAAAAUUCAACUAGUGAAAUAAAUACACUUUUCAAUAAUGUUAUUAUUUACUCAGAUGCACCUGUGCUUGUCAGGGAAAAAACCAAUAAGAUUAAUAUAAUAUUCAGACUCUUGAAAAAUUAAAGAAAAAGGUGCAAUAUUGAAUUAAUCAGUUGUUAAUAAAAUGAAGGAGUUUUAGGAGGAUUUUACUUCACCUCAGCCCUCUCUUGCUCUAGUCAAGUUUGUAAAAAGAAAAGAUAUCUAAUGCAGCAUUGUAGCCGAUUUCAAUGUUAUUGUUCGUUGUCAAUGCUAACCUCAUGACUGAGGCGCUAUCAGUCAUCAUUGUUGUGACAGAAAGGACCUGGCAGACGUGACUUGAUGUUGCACGCCUUGUUUCACUUUAGCGUGUUUUGUUUUGUGAAAGACGCAUUUACUUCAGAUUUUUUUUUAAAAGGCCCAGAGAGAGAAGCUUAGAUCCAUCUGUUACUGACAGAUGAGUGAAUGCAGAGCACACAGUCAGCACACACUCCUCUCCUCCCUGUCUACCCAUCUGUCCUGAUGAUCUCAGCAGGCGUCAGGCUCUGAAUCACGUCCCCACGUUCUUCAUGGUGUCCUGACACACUCUGUUUGAGAAGAAGCAAGAGACAAUCUCUGAAAAAGAUGUAAUAGCAUCACAGUUUACUCUCCCAGCUUUCUGCUACGGUGUGUGUUUGUACAGUGUGCACGUUUAUGUGUCAGAGCUUUUCUGGAGCACGGUUGAACAUCUCUUACUAGUGAGUCACUCGGCACAAAAAACAGUGUGUGUGUGUGUGUGUGUGUGUGCAGUUGUUUUUCCAGCCGUCUUAAUGUUUGCCGUGUGCCAAUUUUGUGUCUGUGGAGUGGAAGUGGAGUGACCCAGUUAGUACGAUGUCAAUCUGUGAAGAUUUAAUUCAGUAGGCUGAAACAUUCCUAACGAUGACAAUGACUCUUUGUGCGGCCAAAAAGUGGCUUGCACCUUAUCGAUUUGUCAGAGGUUAAGAGAUAUUUUUUUGUAUCUUUAAAAUUUUUCACACACGCUUGUCAUCCGUUUAGUUUCCAAGUUGUUCAUGCAUGACCUAAAGGUUUAUUUAUUUGCCUUCUCAUGACCAGGCCGAGUAACAUUUCCAUUUACUUUCUAUCAUCUAUUGCAAGUUCGGAAGCACUUUAUAGCUCAGGAUUAUGGUGACAUAAUAUGGUGAUUUCAGUGUGUCUAUACCUCAUUUGAAAUCUACGCUUCAGUUCACACACACGUCUUGAAUAUAGCAAACAAGACCUUCUUUGUGCAUGUCCUGUCUGAGGGGUGUUUCAAAACAAAGACUCAGAUCUAAAGUGUACGGGCAAAAAUGUCUGCAAGACUUGUUUAAGAUGCAGUGGAUGUGAAAAGUCUACAAACAUAAUGGCAGGUUAAAACGGCAGGUUUCUGUGAUGUAAAAUGAGACAAUGAGAAUUAUUUCAGAACUUUUUCCGAAGUCCACAGAGAGAAUCCAAAGCAUCAGAGGAAGUUCAUUGUCCAAAGGUAUCAGUCAGGAGGAGAGUACAAAAGAAUUUCCAAGGAAGUAUAUAUACAGUGUAACACAGUGAAGACAGUCAUCAUCAAAUGGAGAUAAUAUUGACCUACAGUGACAUUAUCAAGAGCAACAUGGAGGUAAUAGUGGACAAUUCAAAAUACCAGUUAGACCUUCAGUCUUCUACUAGAAACCUGCAGAGUAACCUGAUGUUUCUGCACGGCAACAUCCCAAAGCAUACAUCCAAAUCAAGAAAAGACUAGAUUCACCAGGAGAGGAAUAAAUAUUUGAAACAGCACAGCCGAGACCUGAGUCUGAUCUGGGGUGAUCUAAAGGGGGCUGUGAACAGGAAGUGACCUCACAAUCUGACAGAUUCAUUGCCGACUCAAGAUGUUCCUCCUACCAAAAAACACUGAGUGAUAAUGUAUCACCAUAAAGUUGUACAGGUUAUAGGUCACAUUCAAGAUGAAGAAAGUUUUAUCUUGGUCUUAUUUGUUUACAUAACAAAACCUAAACGUUUUUGCAGAACAUUCUUAACCACUGCACGAAGAAGAAACACGCAUUAGCUCUGUCUGCCACUCUACGUUGUUUGCAAAUGUAUGGGGGAAAUUUACUGUCAAAAAUCAAGAGCAUAUAUUUUCAAUUUGAGAGCAGGAUUCCAUCCUGCUUGUACUCAAACUUAGUAAUGUUUGCGCACAAACUUGCUCUCUGCUCGGAUCAAAAUUGCACUCUCAAGUUUCUUCGCAGAUUCUUUUUGCUCUCUCUCAGAUUAAAGUCGUAUCAUCUCCUAGCAACCAUAGCAGCCAAUAGAAUGACAGUGUGCAACUGCCAGGUCACAGGCUUGAAGGAGGAUGAAGCAAGCAGGAGGAGAAAUUAUCUAUGCAAGAAGCAUUAGAUCAGAGCGCAGAAACAAAGAUUGGAGAGAGAACAGAGUAUAUCUGAUAGAAAGCAGAAGUUUUGAGUGCAAGCAUUACUAAGUUUGAGUGCAAGCAGAAUGAAAUCCUGCUCUCAAACUGAAAACAUAUGCUCUUGAUUUAUGGCAGUAAAUUUGCCCCAUACAAAUGCAUUUAAUGGUUUGUUAAACCAACAUAACAACUAAACUGGAAAAUAUAAAUAUACUUCGAGAACAAUAUGUGGAUCCCAAACAGGGUGAAUCAGGUCACAUUUAUUAUUUAUUAUUCUUCUUCUUCCUGGAGUUAUAGAGCUUUUUCUGCAUGCACAAAAUUUGCCAUCCUCAACAUAGACUGCUCAACAAUAUCACUACAAAUUGAUUUCACAAUUCCUGCUGCAGCAAAAAUCUUUCUUAGAGUACUGUGAUAAAUUUCUGAAGCAAGUUGAUAAGCGUAAUGCAGUCAUGGUAAAAAUAACAAAAACAAAAACAGCACCUUUCAGUUCCAGGGUUUUAGGACAUAAUAAAAACGAGCUGAUCUUCACAGGUUCUGAGACAAUUUAAACCUAACUUUAUUUACACAAAAAAACACAACAGAUUCCAUGUUAUUUGUGACAUCACUGACUAAACAAAGAGUGAAGAGGAGCCUUGUGUGGAGAAACUAAGUACACCCUAUAAUUUAACAGCUUGUAGAACUACCUUUGGCAGCAGUAGCUUGAUGUGAAGAAAGUUGGGUCGACUCUUCUUUAUACAAUGUUGCUUCAUUUCUUUAAUGACCCAGUUUGGGUCAAGCUUCAUCUGUUGGACAGAUGGCUUCAUAUUUUAUUCUUUGCAGAGGAGGUCAUGGUCGACUCACUGACUACAAGCUGUCCAGGUCCUGUGGCUGCAAAAAAAGCCCACACCAUCACCCCUCCACCUCCAUACUUAACAGAUGGUAUGAUGUGUUUGUGUUGAUAUGCUGUGUUUAGUUGUCAGCAAACAUAGUGCUGUGCCUUAUGGCCAAACAUCUCUAUCUUGGUCUCAUCCAUCUGAAGGACAUUGUGUAGUGGUUCAUUAAUUCAAAAAUACUUUAUUUAUUUAGAUGCAACUUUGCAAACCUAGGUCAUGCUCCCAUAUAUUUUUUUAGGGAGAGAAAGCGUUUUCCUGACAAAUCUUCCAGAUAAGCUGUACUUGUUCAGUUUGUUUCUAAUUGCUCUGUCCUGAUCUUUAACUUUUAACAUGCUAACCGAGGCCUGUAGAAACAGAGAUGGAGCUCUUGGGGUUUAUCUGCUGAAAAGUCCACUUGUCAGGUCUGUCUCAUAGGUUUUCCACUCACAGAGUUUGGAAACAACCAAAACGCUUGUUUUUAUAGAGGCGAUCACACUGAUGAUUCGUUACGUGCACUUGAUUAGAAACACCUGGCUGUCCCCUUCAUUGAAUCCUAUGAUAGCAUAAAUAGUUUACUUAGGUUUUACACACACAUUUAAUCACUGACAGUGUGGCAUCUUUCGCGUGUUUUUUUGUACAUUUGAGUGUAGGAUUAAUUAAUUUUACAAUCUGGUAAAGAUCAGAUCAUGCAUUAAUGCCUCCUACCCUAGAACUGAAACCUUCUUUCCCCCAUGGCUGUGUUUGCCUCCUUACACAGGCAAAGAUAACUUGCCUCUUCUUGUAUUUUUGCGACACCCCUCAGGACUCACACUGACGUAACCACAGUCGAGUACUCACACGUCUUCCACGUCUCCCUCCUUGUUUGUUACCGUAGCAGACCCUCUUCACUUCACCUCUCGUCUAGCUCAGCGACACCAGACUGAGGCCCGUUUUUGAAACCAAACACCUGCUUGCAGAUCGGUUCUCUGUCCCCGCUGAGCAAACAUGUUUAGCUGUGUGCUGAAGUUACUGUGAUCAACAACAAAAAAUCUUGUUGUCAUGUUGUUGUUUUGUUAUUUUUCCAAUGACUCCCAAUGACUUUGCUCUUUGUAUUGACUUGACAAUGUAAUUUAUUGGUGUUGACUAAAAUGCCCUGGUAGCUUGUGGAUUGCUAAAGUGGUCAGAUAAAUGUACUGUAUAGCUGUACAAAGAGUGAUAAAAGAUGUUUUGAACCUUUCUUUUUCUGUGGGUACAGCACUGUUAAAAAAAUCAAAGUGGUUUUAGCCCUUGCCUGUUUUAACUUAUCAUUUUGUGAUGGUCUGUAUAACUUCUAUUGUUAUUUAUAUUAUUUGAGUUGUUGCCUCUCCUGCACUGAUAAGAGACUGUAGCUCUGUGCAGGGGUUCGUACUGUAAACCUGUGUGAAGCUUUGUAUUUUCCCUUUCUGGUUUUGGACUCAGUGAAAGUGUGAUGUUUACAUGUACAGUUUUUCAGAAUAUUUUGCGUUUUUUGUUUGUGUUUUGCAUCUUAUUCUUUCUCCCUUCUCUCAUCAAUCCCUCCCCCCCUCCUCGAUCUGUGUUCAUUCGCUUAGAGAUUUUUGCGUUCUGUUGUUUCACUGCAUCGGUUGCAGAGGUGACCUCUUUGACGACUUGGUCACACGGUCAGAGUGUGCCGUGACGGUCGGCUGCGGUCGGCUCGGCGUUGUGGUGGCUUCCAGCAUUUAAAAUGGUAAUAUUUUAGAAAAAAAAAAACAAGGGGGAGCUUCACAACUUCUCAAAGUGCACCAGCAAAGAUUUAUUAAGGAUUAAGAUGACUUUAACGGUUUUAAACCCUGUUGUGGCCUAAACAGACUGAGCAGAUAACAAAGUGUUCAUAAUGACUUAGUAUCCAGGCGAGUUGUCAGGGAAAACUCCUCGUCCUUAAUCCGACUGGUGCCCUGAAAGGUACACUUUGACCUGUUGUAAUAUCUCCUGGUAACAUAAAAGCCAUUCCCCUCUUCUGGCCUUUAAAGGGGAACCCAUAAACCUCAGGAAAUACUGAUUCUCCGACUUUAGUUUUAGCCAAUACUUUCUUCUGAAGUGAGAUUUAAGUCUCUUAACUUAAAAAAAGGAAAAAAAAACAUUAACAUUUAUAUGAGAUGUCUAUUGUUUUGUACAUUUAUCAUUGUGAUUUAAAGGUGGAGCUUUUUCCGGUACCUGUGACUUAAUAUUUUGAUUUUUCUUUUCGAGUGUUUAUUGGUAUUGAUAUUUAUUAAUAUAUGUGAAACUACACAAAAAAAAGACAAAAGAAAAGGUUGAACCUUUUUUCAUUGGUAUGUUUCAUGCAAAACUGUCCAGGUGAGAUUCUCUCUGCCUCUUACAUAUCACUAAUGAGGGACCUGUGUUCGUUUGGAAAUAGCGCUUUUUUCAGUGUUGCAUCAACGCUAUGAAAAACUAAAAACAAACAAAAAAAAAAAGGAUAAAAACAAAAACAACCAGAAAAAAACUGAAAGCAAAACAGUGGUUUACCAACUGCAGAGUUGCAAUGCUCUCCUCUUUUCCUGAGAUGUCAGUAAUUGAAUAAAACAGUGCGAUGAGCUAUCAAACUGA